AAAUAGAAAAAGUGUAUCAGUGAUUGCUGUACUUUGAGCAUGAGCACAGUAAUUACAGUGAGUCGUGAACGAAACCACAGUGUCUGUCCAGCUUAAGCCCACACGUGUGUGGGAAAGAAAAUCAACUGCUCAGGAGAUCACGUCAACGAAAAUGCAGCAGUAUUGUUCGACAACUGAUGUCGGUUACCAAGUUCCAAACGCACCGUUUCAGCACAUCUUGCUGUUGCUGUGGACAGUAAAAUCCAGUUCUUAAUCAUUGGAGGCAAUGAAACAAGAAUUAGUGAUGGGGGAUUUGACAGUGUCCAGGAAUUAUCGUACAAUCAACGUGAUGAAAUUUAUGUUGUGGAUAAGAAGGGAAAAGACUCUUACAUUUACAGCUACAAAAUUGGGAUUCCAGAGCAAGAACCAAAAAUGAUUAUUUCUGAACCAGCUACUAAAAUAAUGGGUGUUGCAUAUUCCAAUGUGACUGAUGCCAUAUACUGGACAACAGGAAAAAAGGGUGCUUUAAUGUGGUAUAAACAUGCCUGGCAGACUAGUAGUGGCAGAGUUCUCCAUCAGUUUGAGAAUGUUACUCUACAAGGAAUUGCUGUAGAUAGCUGUGGCCGCUACCUGUAUUGGACCAACACUGAAUAUAGAAAUUCUACAAUUGAGAGAACAAGGCUUGAUUAUUUUCACAGAGAAAUACUAAUAAAAGAGAAUCUUUUUAACCCAAUGGGUAUAGCUGUUGACUGGCAAACAAGAAAGCUAUUUUGGUGUGAUGAUACUGAAGGUGAUGCUUUUCAGAUUGAACGAAGCAAUUUAGAUGGAACAGGUAGAGAACUCUUGUACAAAGGCUCCUACGAUGAACCACGCACCAUGACAGUUGCUCAUGGAAGGCUUUUCUGGAUAGAUAAAGCAGAUGGCAGACUUUUGAGCCUUCGAACGAUAGAUCCCAAGGGUUUGAACCCAUGGACAGUACAGCGCUGGGGUGGCCAUAAAAUUUUGAAAGGUUUAACAUCGGUAGUAGUUUCAUCAUGUUAUGCAAACAACCCAAGUAAAGAAAUUUUGCCAUGGGUUACACCUGAUACUGAAAUCACAACUUUACAGACAACUGCAACUACAGAAAGGAAUGUAAUGCUAGUGCCUUCAACAUGGCCUACAGAUGGGAGUUACUGUCUGAAUGAUGGCAUAGUAUCAGCAAAUAAUGAGAACUCUGUGCCAGCAUGUAAAUGUCCAGUGGGGUACACAGGUGCAAGAUGUGAACUCCCACUCUGUCACAAUUACUGUGUUCAUGGAACAUGUUCAGCUGAAGCAUAUACAGGUUGGCCAAAGUGCUUGUGUAUGUCAGGUUUUGGUGGAGAUCGCUGUGAAACUGAUCUCUGUAAUGGAUAUUGCAUGAAUGGUGGAACUUGUUACUGGAAUGACACAAUAAAAACCCCUUCAUGCCAUUGCCCUAGUGGACGCUUCAGUGGCAACAGAUGUACUGAAGAUGUGAUCCUGUUCCGUGAAUACUGUCACCUCUACUGCCGGCAGGAAGAUGUAUUUGUUGGAUUAGGAGUGAUGGAGGAGUUGCACCACUGCGACUGUUCUGAUGUGUAUGAAGCUAUGACAAACAACUCCCUACCAAGAACGGCAGAACACACAAUACAACCUGAACCGCAGACAGCAGCACUGCUUAUUGCCUGUAUUGCAUUAGGCUGUUCAGUGAUAGCUCUUCUUAUUUUCCUUGGUGUGGCACUGAGAAGAAUGUCAAUUCUAAAUAAGCAACCUCGGCUGAGGAAGAGAAUUAUAGUCAACAAGAAGGCACGUCAGCAAGAACUGCCAGACAGACGACCUUCUGGGCAGAGCACGGGCGAACAGUGUGAGAUCACAAUUGAGAACUGCUGUAACAUGAAUAUUUGUGAAACGCCAUGCUAUGAGCCAAAACUUCGAGCAGGCAAAAGUCCGACAAAGGAUGAGAAGAAAAACCUACUUGUGAGCAUGGAAGGAGCAUCUACUGGUGCCUCAAGUGAGAACAGUUUAUAUUAAGUGACUUUUCCAAUGAAGAACACUGAAUAUAUGAUUGUCAAAAAAGAAUGAAAUGCAGGAAAACAGUUAUGACUAACUUCGCCUCACAGCUAUGCAUGUUGGUGUCUGUCUGUUUCUGUGACAUAGAACAAUUUUUCCUAUUUGGGACAGUGUUCAUGUUGCUACUUUGCAUUUCUCAGAAAUGCUGACA